UUAUACGGCAGUAUGGGCUUGGCCUUUGCCGUGGAACGAUGUGCUCAUAGACAAUAGUCGUUUGAAUUAAUAUAAUGAAGUGGCCAAAUAUCUGAAGUGAUGUAUCAUAGUGUUUAUAUGAAAACUGGCAAAUUUAAAACAUUAUAGCAUUAUAUAUAUAGAUAGUGUUUAUCAUUUCUGUGUGUUUCGUAUAGUAUACGGGGAGUCAGUCAGUUAGUGUUAGAAUCGUUAUAGUCAUCAGCUAUCAGCGUCAGUGAUGGUUAUGGCCAGCGGCGGUGGCGGGCUGGUGCAGUCCCCGCCCGACAUGUUGCACCAUCACAACAUCAUGGACACUUCCUCUCACGUAGAAAUGAUGCCCAAAAAGCUCCGGCUGUCUCUGUGCGUGGGCUGCGGCGGCCAGAUCCACGACCAGUACAUCCUGAGGGUGGCCCCGGAUUUGGAGUGGCACGCCGCAUGCCUCAAGUGUCAGGAGUGCAGGCAGUUCCUCGACGAGUCCUGCACAUGCUUUGUCAGGGAUGGAAAGACUUAUUGCAAGAGGGAUUAUACCAGAUUAUUCGGGACCAAGUGUGAUAAAUGCGGUUCAUCAUUCAGCAAGAACGACUUCGUGAUGAGAGCAAAGACGAAGAUAUAUCAUAUAGACUGCUUCAGAUGCUGCGCAUGCGCACGACAACUUAUACCAGGUGACGAGUUCGCGUUGAGAGAAGGCGGAGCUUUAUAUUGUAGAGAAGAUCACGAUGUAUUAGAAAAGAGCGCUAACACAAGCGGCAGCAGCGCCGGCAACGCCGAGAGCAACAACAACACAACACUCAGCAACAACAAUUCGCAUCACCCGCACGAGUUAGGAUCUAUGUCGGAUUCAGGAAGUGAGUCUGGCUCGCAUAAGAGUGGAAGAGCCAGGGCUGGCGCUGCGGCUGAUGGUAAACCAACCAGGGUGAGGACUGUCCUCAAUGAGAAACAAUUACACACACUAAGAACCUGUUAUGCUGCGAAUCCUAGACCUGACGCUCUCAUGAAGGAACAGCUGGUUGAAAUGACAGGUCUUAGUCCUCGAGUGAUAAGAGUGUGGUUCCAGAACAAGAGAUGCAAAGACAAGAAGAAGACUAUACAGCUGAAGAUGCAGAUGCAGCAAGAGAAGGUGGAUAACAUUUUGGAAGGCCGCCGUUUGGGCUAUAUGUCUAUGGGAGUGCCGUUAGUAGCAGGUUCGCCUGUAAGACAUGAGGCUGGGUCUCUAGCUCUAGAGGUGACGGCGUAUCAGCCGCCGUGGAAGGCCCUCAGCGACUUCGCACUCCACGCGGACCUUGACAGGCCUCAACACAGCGCCGCCUUCCAACAGCUUGUGAACCAGGUCUGAUAUAGUGCCGCCUCCCGCUGUACUAAGAUGCACGGUUACGACAUCCCCUCUCUGCCUCCUCCUCGUCACGAGGACAACUACGUCACAUAUCUCGAGAGUGACGACAGUCUGCCGCCGUCACCCUAGUGCCGUCUCACCUAACGCCCUGUAACCGAAAGGGACGGAUGCUUGUAUUUCUAGUGAUGCCCUAAAUAUGCCAGGGGCAGACACUUGUAGUACAAAAGGUACCCUUUUCAACCCAGGGGUACUUUUAGUACAAGUGGUGCCCUAUUUAGGUCAGGGGAAGAUUGUCAUGUUUUAGGGCUAAUAUAUAUUAAUGGAGUGAUACUUAUAUACGUACACUAAGUAUGUCUGAACUCGUUUCCAAACUGACACGUCGAGUGAUGAGUAUAUUAAUUGCAUUGGACUAUAGCUUGAGUUAUGAGUGAUAAAGAAAUAAGUGUUUCUCUGUCUUUUUAUAAUAAAAAUGUUCCUUUAUUUUAAUAAAAAUCCUGAUAUGUUAAUAAAAUUGUUUUAAUAUUAUAAUUUUUUACAUAAUGGCGAUGUAUUCCACUGUCACAGCUGACACUCGUUUAAAAAGACAGAGAAUUAAAAACCGAUGUCAGUGAUGUUUGAAAACAAAAAUAUCAAUACGAGUAGCGUAGCCCGUCUUAAAUAAUAACGCCUUAUAUGUAUUUCUAAUCGAGUAUUAUAGUGUGUUAAGUGAAAUUGUUUGUUGAUUGGCAAAAAUUAUGAUAAUAAAAAAAAAAAAAUUGAAAAAUUAAUUUUUGCUCAUCAAAAA